AUGAUCAAUUCUGAUUUCAAUAGUCCAAGCACUCCGCCAUCUCCAUCAUCUCCAUUAUCACCAUCAUCUCCAUCAUCUCCAUAUCUACAAAAAGAUCAUCAACAACACCCAAUACCUCCAUAUUAUGUUCAACCUUGGAUAACUGAUAAUGUAAUAAACCUGGAAGAUAUAAUUAAACAUGGAAAUAUAAUAAGAGAACCUGAAGAUGAUAAUUUUAAUUAUGUUAUAUCAAUGAAUAUAAAUGAAUUUAUUGAAAAAUUUCAUGUUUUACCCCCACAACAACAAGGUUUUUUAACAAAAUCUGGUAAACCAAUUGAAAAAAUUAUAAUAAAAUUACAAGCAAUUUCAACAAUGUUGGAUUAUUAUUUUAAUAAUAAUAUUACUUCAGAUUUUUUACAGAAAACUUUUGGUUCACCACAAAUUUAUGUUGGUGAUAAUUUAUUAAAUUAUCAUAUAAAUGAAAUUGAAUCUUAUGAAAGAAUAGAAGAAUAUAAUUAUAAUCAAAUAUUAAAUCAUAAUGGAACAAAUUUAAUUAAUAUACCAAAUUUAUUACAACAUGGUAUUAUAAUUGAUUCAAAUAAAAUUAUAAAAGCAUUUUUCAUUAUAAUUUCAGAUUUAAAUUUUAUAAAUAUUAAACCUUCUUUAAAAUUCAAAAAUUUAGAAAAACAAGCAAUAAAUCAAAUUAAAUUAUUAAGUUCAUUAGGUAUAACUCAUAAUAAUAUAUCAAAAAAUAAUGUUUGUAUUGAUGAAGAAAGUGAAAAAGUUUAUUUAAUUGAUUUUGGUAAUUCAUUAAUUACUGAUGAAAUUUUAGAUUGUUCUGAAUUUUGUGAUGCUAAAAAGGAAAUGAAACUAAUGGAAAGACUGUUUAUGACUUAA